AUGGAUACUGACGCACACCAACCGCCUCGUCCUAUAGGCCACCAGAAAAUAGAGUUGCCCAAGUACAGAAUUCCUGGGGAACCUGAGAAAUACCGUCUCUCAGCUGCUCGACUUCGCGAAUUUCAACAUAAGUCACCAGCAACACCCAUUGCACGUGCUCCAACCCGCUACAUCUCAGCCCUCGCGACCAACCUGACCCACAAUCACCCUCACGUCCUACACUUGCGUAUUCUCUCAUCGACAACAGCGUUGCUGGUUGCUCGUUGCGUGGCAUUCCUUCCCGCCAAUGUCCAACUCUGGUUGAAAACCGUGUUUGUCGAAUGGUUCCUUCCCGAUCAAGCCGUCCUAAAGAUACAGAAAAAAGACGACGAACCUGAGGAAGGCCGUGACCAGGAGUCUCUGGACGAGGGGUUCGACACAGAAGUGAAAGCGUACAAUCGCCUGCAGCCGCUUCAGGGGGUAGUUAUACCAAGGUGUUACGGCCAAUUGCACUACCAAGGAUCCAGGGCCCUUUUGCUUGAACGCCUAAAGGGCGUCUCCCUAGUGUCGCCAGAGGGAUUUACCCUCACAUUGCAGGAGCUUUCAGAUCUACUGCAGCCAUGUCACCAAGCGCUUCAUGUAUUCGGCGUGCAACAUGGAGAUGCCCACUUAGGAAACUUUCAGCUCGUGGAUGGGAGGAUCAUGGUGCUCGACUCUGAGGAAGCGGUGUUUGAUAGCUCUGCGGAAGAACAAGAAAUGUUUAUAAGGCUCAACAUUUGCCACUUAGCCGAACGAUAUCGAGAUCCUCAGGCUUACUAUCGGGCCGUGGGCCAGCUAGAAGCUGCUUAA